CCGGUAUUUCAGGGCGGGGCGGGCGCGGCGCGGAGCGGAGGGGGAUCAUGGCGGGGGCCACCACCAUCGAGGCGGUGAAGCGUAAGAUUCAGGUGCUGCAGCAGCAGGCGGACGAUGCCGAGGAGCGGGCGGACCGCCUGCAGCGGGAGGUGGAGGCCGAGCGCCGGAACCGAGAGCAGGCUGAGGCAGAGGUGGCAUCCCUGAACCGCCGCAUCCAGCUGGUGGAGGAGGAGCUGGACCGGGCCCAGGAGCGCCUCGCCACCGCUCUGCAGAAGCUGGAGGAGGCUGAGAAGGCCGCAGAUGAAAGCGAAAGAGGCAUGAAAGUCAUUGAAAACAGAGCUCUGAAAGAUGAGGAGAAGAUGGAGCUGCAGGAGAUCCAGCUGAAGGAAGCCAAGCACAUUGCAGAGGAGGCGGACAGGAAGUAUGAGGAGGUUGCUCGGAAGCUGGUGAUCAUAGAAGGAGACCUGGAGCGUACUGAGGAGAGAGCUGAGCUCGCAGAGUCUCGUGUCCGGGAGCUGCAGGAGCAGAUCAGAGUGAUGGACCAGAACUUGAAGUGUCUGUCUGUUGCCGAAGAAAAGUACUCCCAAAAAGAGGAUAAAUACGAGGAAGAGAUCAAGAUCCUGACCGAUAAACUCAAAGAGGCGGAGACCCGUGCUGAGUUUGCUGAGCGCUCUGUAGCCAAGCUGGAGAAGACCAUCGAUGAUUUGGAAGAGCGCCUGUACAGCCAGCUCGAGAAAAACCGCCUGCUCUCUAACGAGCUGAAGCUAACGCUGCAUGAUCUGUGUGACUGAGAAGGGGCCACUAAUGCCAUUAAGCGAGCUAAUGGCGACCACCAGUGCUGUGGACCACACUGAGAUCUGAGCACUCUUAAGCCUGGCAGACUUGCAAAUUCUAUGCAACCGCUGCUGUUGAACGGGGCAGUUGAAUUUCUUCUCUAACUUAUUUUAAGAGCUUUUUAAAAAAUGAUGAUUAUUAUUAUACAAGUAACCUGUAUUCUCGGUGGAAAACCUCUCAGCCUUGGCUGAUCUUUCAGCAGCCCUGUUCACUUGCACAGGGGGCUGCCUGGCUCCUCCAGGGAACCAGAACGGCUGCACCCACCCAGAGAAGGGUGGUGUGAAGUCAGGCUCGUGCCUGCUGGAAGAUGCCUGUCGUGGGCUAGAACGUAAUUACUGUUAGCUGACUGACUGUAGGAUUUCCUGCUGCAUGGAAUGAUGGCUCCUAACAAUAAAUGACUGACCUCGCUGUCUGUGAGAUGCCGCACACCUGUAGUGCUUUCCUGUGUAGCCGAGUCGACCUCAGAGGUCUGGGGGAAGCAGUGGUGCCUGGGGCCUCACCUCAGAGCAGCUGUGGAGUCCCAGGACGGGUUGGGGAAGCUUGCGGGUGUUUUGAGAGCAAGUCUCUGAACCUACAAUGUGAAGCUGUGUCUUGAGCGCCCGCAGGGAGCCCUGAAAUGCUGCAGUAGUUAGUGCUGUAGGAGAGAUGCUGCUUGCUGCGUGUGCCGUGUGCUGUCUCUGACCCUGGGGUGGCUGCAGCCCCUCCCUGCCCCUCUGGGAGGUGGAGAGCAGCUCUGAGCACCCGCCUGUUCCUAAAGGCCGUCUUC